AGAGGGCGCCAGACUAUGCCGCGACCCAUUUUCGGUACUGCUUUUUCUUCUUUUAGGUGAAACCUAGCAACUUGUCCAUGCGGUAAAAAGCAUGGAGCAACAUCAGAAAAAGGGGACCUUAGUCUCAAAGGAAUUGCUUUCCUGUGGUGACGAAGGGGGACUUCGUGAUAAGCUGCUUGUGAAGUCCAAAACCACCAGAAGCAGCAGCAACACUUUGCAAACGACUGCUGUUCCGAGAAGUAGCGUACUAGACAGACUUCAGCUCUUCCUGCCACAAAUCGCCCAAGCUAAUGAGAAGCUAAAGCAGGAGAUGGAGUCCUGCCCCACUGGCCACUUUGACAUUGAAAAUGUGGAGGAUGCUGGGAAAGUAAUCGAAAUGGACGUAGCCCUGGUGGAUCUGGGUGACUCGGACAGCAACACAGAGAAUGAGACAUCGGAUGACGACAGCUCUGACUCGGACUCGGAAUUUGAGGGCGAGAUCACGGAGGACAAUCUUAAACUGCCUGGGAAUAAUAGGAACAUCAAAGAAAAGGCUAAUAUCAAAGUUCUGGGUGAGGACACCAUUUAGGGAAUCCUCUCUUGUCAUGCUGUUGGAGGAUCUGUAAGGAUGCUCGCUGGUCAGUGUGGGAGAACAUGCAUGACUAAAUCUGACUGAAGACUUUGACGUUUGAGGUUGUUAUGGGCAAGUCCAGAUGGGAAGCACCACACAGAUGAUCUAAAGCACAGAUAUUUGGCCAGACUGAACUUCACAUCAUUAGACUGAAAGUUGCAUGGUUGUUAAGAAGCUGUACUUGUAGCAGGUUGCUUAACAGGAAGGAAACUGUGUUACUGUAUUUAGCAGUGAGCUAAGCAGCAUUUCUCCCCACUGAGUAAAAUACUCAGUCGAUAAAUGUAUAAAUUGUAAAGACACUGACCAACGUUAUGGAUGGACAGUUUGACGUUCUGUUUUGAUAUGCAGUUCAAAAAUAAUGUAGUUUAUUCCAUAUUUUUCUAGUUUGCCUGAUCUUUUUUUUCUUUAAUCGUGUAUAUAAAUUUUUUGAUAUAUUUGAGGUUUAUUGGAACAGCUGUUUAUUUAGAAAAAAUAAAUUUCUUUAAAUAUUA